AUGGGACAUAAAGUUAAAAAUUUAUUCAAGUCUGCAAUAAUAAAAAAUACAAUAAGACGCGAAGAAAUGACGAAAAAAAGUUUAAACAUCUCUCAUCAAAAAAGACUUAUAAAUUCUCACAGUGAAAUAAAACCAAAUGAAAGUCGUACUUCUACAGAAAAACCAUAUAUCAAUUCAUCUGGUAUAGAAAUGUUACCAAGUUGGCUUUACUCCAAAAUUUUUAGGCUUACUACUCGACCAGAGCCUCAUAAAAAUCGUGAGUUGGUUUCAUCAAAACAUUUAGAAGAACAGAAGUUAGCAGGGAGAAUAUCUGAUGCAUUUCCUCUGAUAAAGGAAUUUGACUCAUUAUUAAUAGAUGGAAGCUCAAUAGCUGAACAUUUUUGGAAAAUAGGGAGUAGUCAAGCAAACCCUUAUAUUGAAUUAGCUAAAGGUUUUGUAGUUGAUGAUCUUCCUGAGACUCCGUCUAACUGGAUACUACAAGAGGGUUGGACACGCUAUAAAAAAGAUAUAAAACCUGAAAAAGUAGAAUUUCCUAAAGAAAAAAUCUUAUGUUUUGAUGUUGAAACAAUGCAUAAUGAUAGUAAUUAUUCUUUGAUUGCCUGCGCUGUUUCACCUGAGGCCUGGUAUGCGUGGGUUUCACCAAAGCUAAUUGAACACAAACAGGAAGUUGAAAAAUCAAAAAAUAAUAAUGCUGCUGAUUCAAAGGACAAUGAAAAUUUAACAACUAAUAACAAAAAUAAUAAUAAAAAGAAGAAAAUUGAAGAUAUUUUUCGAAGUUCUAAUAAGGUUGGAAGUUUGAUUCCCAUGGGUAAUAUGCCAGAUACCCGUAGAAUAAUAAUUGGACAUAACGUUGGAUAUGAUCGUGCACGUAUCUUAGAAGAGUAUUCAUAUAAGCAUUCUGGUAUUAAAUUUAUAGACACUAUGUCUUUACAUAUAGCUGUAAAUGGUCUGUCUUCAAAUCAACGUUCAACUUGGAUUAAAUAUAAGAAGGCCAUAAUAGAGGAUGACAAUGAUUAUUUGGAUUCAGCGAGGGAAUUCAAACCUAUAUAUGAUGUAAGCUCAAUAAACAGUCUUCAAGAUGUUUAUAGAUUGCAUUAUGGGGAAGGACUUGAUAAAUCAUCAAAAGACUUUUUUAUUAAAGGAACUCUUGAUGAUAUAAUUGAUCCAGAAAAUUUUCAAAAGAUAAUAACAUAUUGUGCUAAUGAUGUAAUAGCUACCCAUAAAAUUUAUUGUAAAGUCCUUCCACAGUUUCUGGAUGUUUGUCCUCAUCCAGUAUCAUUUGCUGGAAUGCUACAAAUGGGCAAUAUGUUCUUAACCACCUCAAAUGAUUGGAAUGAUUACAUUAAUAAAGCAGAAACCAUGUUUCAAAAGAAGUGUAAAGAUCUUCAUGAUAGUUUAACAAGCUUGGCAGAGGAUACUUUAAAAGAGGGUACGAGCAAUCCUGAAAAGAUAAAAGAUGAUUUUUUUUUAAAACAAUUGGAUUGGGCAUGUCCCACAUCCAAUAAGGUUAGAAAACUUCCAACACAUCCAAACUGGUAUAGAGAUAUUUAUAAUACUAAAACCAAUGAGUUAAAAAUUACAUCUAGAAUGAGAAUUGCGCCUCUUUUAUUAAAGUUAAAAUGGAAUGACUUUCCAUUAUAUUAUUCCAAAAAGUAUGGUUGGACAUAUAGAGUACCCAUAGAAAAUACUACUUAUGUAACAAAGGCAAAACCAUGUGUCUUUCGUGAAGAAAAAAAAGAAUCAUCGUCAGUUGUUCAACAAGAAAAUCAAAUAGAUCUUCGUAAUAUGGAACAUCUUACAGAAGAACAUAAUGAAGCCGAAAAAUCUAAUAAGACCGAAAAUAAUAAAACAAAAAAAGUUGUAGAAGAAGAUGAAAAGCUUGCGGAUGAUAAAGAUGGGGUUUAUUAUCGUAUUCCACACAAAGAUGGGGAUGAACAUCGCUGUGAAACUCCAUUUGCAAAACAUUAUAUAAAUGAUUUUGAAAAAGAAGUGUUAAGUUCAGAAUAUAGUAUGGGAAAAAAUGCAAUUCAAAUGAGUGUUAAUUGUUCAUACUGGAUAAGUUGUAGAGAACGUAUAAUAAGUCAGAUGGUGACUGUUGCAAUGGGAACAGUUACUCGACGCGCGGUGGAAAAAACAUGGAUGACAGCCAGUAAUGUGAAGGAAAAUAGAAUAGGGUCUGAACUUAAAGCAUUAAUACAGGCUCCAGAAGGCUAUAAAAUAGUUGGUGCUGAUGUGGAUUCAGAAGAAUUGUGGAUAUCAAGUCUAAUCGGAGAUUCCCAGUUUGGGUUUCAUGGUUCAACAGCUAUGGGAUGGAUGACACUUCAAGGUACUAAAGCUGAAGGCACCGACAUGCAUUCAAGAACAGCCCAAAUUUUAAAAAUUUCAAGAUCAGAUGCAAAAGUAUUUAAUUAUGGACGAAUAUAUGGAGCAGGAUUAAAAUUCGCGUCACAAUUGUUAAGACAAUUUAAUGAGGAUAUUAUUGAAGAAGAAGCAACAGAGCGUGCAACAGAGUUAUAUGAGCACACAAAAGGCAAAAGAUUCUAUUCAAAAGAUUAUAAAGAACUAAAGAGGAGAUUUUUAAAUUAUGAUUAUUUUUGGUAUGGUGGAAGUGAAAGUUAUAUGUUCAAUAGUUUAGAAAACAUAGCGAUAAGCGAAUCGCCUCGAACUCCAGUUUUAAAAUGUGGUAUUACUGAAGCGUUGAAUAUGAAAGUGGUUAAAAAAGGAUAUAUGACAUCAAGAAUAAACUGGGUCGUACAAUCUUCAGGGGUUGACUAUCUUCAUUUACUUUUAGUAUCUAUGGAGUAUUUAAUAACAAAAUAUAAGAUUAACGCACGAUUUAUGAUAUCGGUUCAUGAUGAAAUAAGAUUCCUUGUAGAAGAGAAAGAUAGUUAUCGUGCAGCAUUAGCAUUACAAAUUAGUAAUCUAUGGACUCGAUCAAUGUUUAGUUAUAUGUUGGGAAUUAUGGAUUUACCAUCGUCUGUUGCAUUUUUUUCAGGAGUUGAUAUUGAUCAUGUAUUACGUAAAGAGGUUGAAAUGAAGUGUAAAACUAUCUCAUAUGAUGCUGAGGUUAAAGAUGGGGAAAGUUUAACAAUUCAAGAACUUCUUGAGAAAAUAACAACUUUAGGUGAAGAAACUACUAGUAGUGAUGAUAUUAAUGAUGAUGGUUAUAUAAAACAAAUAAACAAUAUUAACAAUAGUGAAUUAUUAAAACCGUGUGACACAUUUAUAGAUGACACAUUUCUUGAAAUUCAAUCAUUAUCAAAUGAUAAAGAUGUUCUUGCAAAAAUGAGAAAUACGGAACAUCUUAACGCUUAUUCAAAUUAUUCAAGAGCUAAAGAACGUCUUGAUAAUUUUAGUUCUAAAAGGCAAGCACGCUACUGA